GAUAUACAGAGAAGAACGCAUUGAAAGAAGCAGAGAAAGAACCAAAGUUAUACUAUUACCACUCACUGGUAGUUCAAGAAGGCAGCAAGACAACCACCCAAAAACAACAUGAAGUCUCUGACUCUCCUGACCAUUUGUGCUGUCCUGUCGGUCUCUCUGUCCAUGAACGACUUGGAUCCUGAUGUGGUUGUCGAUCCUGCUCCUGACCCUCCCGCUGAACCAGCACCAGCCGCAGACUCCUCCGCAUCUUCAUCAGCUUCCUCCUCUUCCUCCUCGGCUUCCGACUCAUCAGCCUCUGACUCCUCUGCCUCAGACUCCUCGGACUCUUCCUCAUCCUCUUCCUCGUCUUCCUCUUCAGAGUCAGCUAGUGCUGAAGGUGUAGGUGUUCCAGCUACAGCAGAGGACCCAGCUGCAGCUACAGAGCCAGAGGUGAUCAUGAAGAGAGACCUGGCCUCAGUGCUGCUGAGGAGAAAGAGGGCGGCUGGACCUGCAGCUGCUGCCUUCACCCUCACCCAGGUGGAGAGUCUGAGUGAGGUGUGUGAGCUCAACCUGGCCUGUGAGCACAUGGCGGAGACAGCAGGCAUCGUUGCAGCAUACACCGCAUACUAUGGACCACCUCCCUUCUAAACAGACUCUUUACUAUACAAACUGGAGAGAGAGAAAAUACUCUCUUCCAUUUCACCAUCAUGAAGCUACAUUCUUGAGAAGGGAUCAACUACUCCCUACAGUGUCCUUAUAAGGGCAUAGAAAAACAAAAACUAACUGGUUUCGUCCACGUUUUAGGGAGCAGACCGAGUUAUGGGACUUUACGAGACCAGCCACAAGUGAAAUUGGUUGCUACAGUACUCGUAGUGCCGGCUGUAACUAUAUGUUUUGGGUAAUGUAAGAAAAGGCAUGUCUGACCCAAGCUUUUGUAAUAUUGAGGAGAAACUAGAGGCACAUAGGAACUGAGUCCUGUGGUUAUAAAUUGCUCAACAUCAAUAUCACAACGAAUGGUGCUAAAACCGCAAAUGUAUUGUAUCAUAAAUGCAUCAAUCUUUAUCCGUUUUGUAGUGUCAGGUAGGCUAAAGCGCACAUUAUCAUUUAUCUGCAAUAUAUUAUAACCAUAAAGUUCAUUUUAUUUGAAAAUAUUAAAUUGUGUCCUGUUCAUAGUGUAAUUAUUGCUGAAUGUCAAUACUGUCAUAGAUUUGUAUUGAUUGAUUUAGUGAUGAUGACAAUCGUAUAAGGAGGGGUUUAGAAAGAGUGACACCACAGUUUGUAUGCAACUCAAACCUUGUUGACUGACACUUUGACUACUGCCUUGCACAUAAGUGUUGAAUAAAGUCUAGAACAUUUUAA